AGAGAUAUCGCUAUAGCUGGCCAUGUUUGGUGGGAAUCUGUGGGGUGCUAUUGCACCAGGUGGAGAUCAACUUCUCGACAAGGAACGCAAUCCACCCGCGAAACCUGUUCCAAUCGAGUUCCCAAGCUACGUUCCUCCUCGCUCGGAUGGUCCGCUUGACGCACGGCAUCUGGAAUCUCUCUGCAAAGCCGUCGCCUCAGUACGAAAACCGUCGGACGUCAAGGAUGUUCAUCUUGCACAAUUCAACAUCCAGCUAGAGCAGGAUGUCCAGCUAACGGACAUGAUAUUGGACGACAGGUUCAAGUCGCGACCACUACUGUAUGAUGCCGACCUGACCUCCAUGCUCAAGGAACUCGACAUUGAUAAUCAAGACGCCUAUCGAGAAGUUCUACGACUACCGCCACUCGAAGGCAGAAAAAAACCUCGACUAGCCUACUCGCGAAACUUCUAUGCCAGUCUGGAGGACAUGUGCCGCUAUUGGGAUGACAGCAAAGACAAUUAUUACGAAAUUGAAGCGACAGAGUCGGCGAGCUCCGCUGCAGAACCAGCUGAGCCAUCCGCGACUCGCAAAGAAAAUGAACCGUGCAAAAAUGCAGAUGCCGGAAUGAAGGAUGCGGCAGGCGAAGGAGUAGAGGAACUUGAUCCCAAAAAGGGGACGAAGGCAGCAAGUAGCAUCCCACAAAGUCUGGACUCUAUCGAGAUUCCCGCCCGCCCCAAAAUGAAGCAAGUCUACAAGGGCCUUCGGCUAGGAAACGGCGAACAAAUGAGCCCAGGUACGAGAAUCGCAGCAGUAAGGAGUCUUCUCAAAAUGGCUGUUCACAAGUUCAACUGUCGGGACUAUGACGUUCAUCCUCGGGAGAAAUUGAGGAUACGAAACAUCAACCUCCCUUCAACAUUCUACAACUUCUGCGUGGCAAGGAUGCCGUCUGAUGUCAAACUUGCAAGAGCGAGGAUGAUUGAAGGUCCAUUGUUGGGUGUGCACAGUAGAAUGGAAGUGAGAUUCAAAUCUAGGGAUGGGCUUCCCGAUUCCACGAGCGACUUUGUAGGCGAGAAGUAUGACCUAUUCAGGGAAGUUGGUGGGCUAUUAGUGCUUGCAAAGCAGCGGGCGCGCGAGGGCCAGACACCUUCCAAAGAGCCGAGUGCAGAACAUUGGUGGGCUGUCAAGCAUCGUUGGGGCGGUGGUCCGACCAGAUGGGGACAGCUUGCUAGCGAAGUAUUCGAGGACGAGGAUCCAAGUUGGAGUCCGGAAGAAAGACGCCUUCAGCUGGAAAAGCGAGAAAAGAGUGAAGAGGAGCGAAAAAGAUCUGAGGGGGCUACGGCUACUGACUUCAACCACCUGAAGCCAGAGGAUUUGAUCUCGACAGCAUCUUCACCCACCAGCGAACGGCCCAAAAAGAAAAAGAAAGCUGAUGAAGAUGGUAAGGACAAGUCAGAGUACAAAGAUGGUAGGAGACUGAUGUAUACACCGCCUUUGCGACGAAAAUGGUAUCAAGAAUGGACAAAGAUCAGGCCGAAUUCGUCCACCUGGGACGACAAGAUCAUCUUCAGGAGAAUUGGGAUGCCAGACCCGGAACAAGGCUGGGAUGAUGUGUAUAUGAUGUCGGCGGCGAAUCAUCAUGUUUGUAUCGUCAAGUUGAGCGUGCAUGAAAACUAUCUUGAAUGGCUGGAGACGGGAAAGGUCAAGCAACAGAAGGCGUCAACGUCCGAAAGACAGGACCGGAUUCUGUACAUGAGCCGAAGUCGGUGGUUUGACCUGUUCGACAUUGAGCAAAGAAAGGAGUUGUUGACCGGCGUGUGGAGGUUGUUGUCCUGGAUCAACCGAGACGAGGUACCAAAGGCAGACCUUGACAAGAUGGAGGAAAUGAAAAGGCAGCAACAGGAGGAGGAUGGAGAGGGAGACCAUCCGAUGGAGGUCUAGUUAGACGCUCCAGAGAGCGAGUGGCCUCGGUAUCAAGUUGGUUUCGUGGUUCAGCAACAUAGAAAGCCAUAUAUACUACACCAAGGUCAACACCGAGAAAGUCAGGAAGAGUUGUGGUAAAGCCUAAGGGAAAGAACAGAG